GAGUCACAAAAAGGAAAAGUGUAGUAAAUUUUUGUAAAAUUAUUGUUUACUGCGCCAGCGCCCUCUGUCGAUUAUUCGUUACACUUUUCAAGAUGGCACCUUUCUUCAUGAAUCGAAAAAAUUUGCCAAAAUAUCAUCUCCAACAACCAUUUAACGCUAGCGACAGUUAAAACAACUGGUCACAGAAAUGUAUUUAUAACCAAUGUUUCUUUAACUGAAGUUAUACCGGUCUUCAAGAUGAAUGGAUUGAUUAUUCCUGACACGCCCAUUGCUGUUGAUUUCUGGAUGAUACGUCAUGCAUCACAGGCCAAGCUGUUCUUUCUGAGUCAUGGCCAUGCAGACCACACCGCUGGUCUGUCGCCAUCAUGGAGCCAACCCAUCUACUGUUCAGACAUGACUGGACGCUUCAUCCGCAAUAAGUUCCAGAUAAAGGAAGCCUUGAUCCGCACCCUGGAGGUGAAUGAGAGUCACAUCAUCCCACUGGACGUGACAAGUAAAGAGACAAUGACUGUGUCUGUCAUUGAUGCCAAUCACUGUCCUGGUUCUGUCAUGUUUCUCUUCGAAGGAUAUUUUGGCAAUAUCCUUUAUACUGGAGACUUCAGAUACCACCCAGAUAUGUUCGUGGAUAGUGUCCUUAGUCAAAAGCAAAAUAUCGAUAUACUUUUUCUUGAUAAUACUUACUGUGACCCUCGCUGCGUUUUUCCAACUCAAGAUGCAGCUAUAAAAGAAGCCUUAGACGUGAUCAAGUUUCAUCCAGAUCACAAAGUGAUUAUUGGAACUACAGAUAUGGGGAAGGAGGAGCUGCUGAUCAGUAUUGCAAAAGAACUCCAAACUAUUAUUAAUGUUUCAAAUGAAAAGUUUGACUUGUAUAGCAUUCUUGAGUUGCCAAACGUUUUCACAACAGACCCAACAGCAGACGAUAUUUGUGUCAUAGCACGUAAAAAACUGACUGUCCCAUUUCUCCAUGAUCUGACUUUAGAUGAAAUGUUGCCUACAAUUGUUUUGAUUCCAACGUGUCUGUUCAUUGGGCUUGGACACAGUCCAUACGAUAACAUUGAGAAUGUGUUUGUGAUUCCGUUUUCAGAUCAUUCAUCCUAUACAGAGUUGUGCACCUUUGUCUCUAAAGUGAAACCUAAGCAGAUUAUCCCAAUUGUCGAGUACAAGAAGAAAGUGUUUGGUGUGAAUUGUUCUUCCCGCGCGGACAUGACAUGUUUUGAUAAAUAUCUUGAUUCAGUAGCGAGAUCAAAGGUUGUUGUACCUAAAUCAGUACAGCUUCUCAUGUCAUCUGCUAAUACCUUUAACCUCAAGCGGCCUGUUCUCGCAAAGCGGGCUCGGACUGAAAGCAAUGCUGUUAAGAGAAGAUCAAAAGGUGCACGUCUCGGAGUUCUGUACUGUACGCCAACAAAGAGUGAGGAGAAGGAAGGAAAAAAACAGGCAGCAGACGUAAACGAGGCACCAGCUGUUGCCGAAAAUGAAAAGUUUACUUUUCUAGAUUUUGGUCCGACUCUUGCUGAUGAUGUGAUUGAUUCUAGUUGUUCGGAGCCACAGACAGAUGGUGCUCCAUCACUCAUGGUGCCCGAGGCUGUGUCAUCACCUUUAGAGACAAACUUUCCUAGCAUGCAUGAUGAGCCCUCUGAUCAAUCUUGCGAUUUCUUCUCCGACCUCACGACGUCACAACCCUGUGCAGAAAAUGCUACCAGUCACAUUAGUAGUGAUGGAAACAGUGGUUCCGUAAGCUUGUCGCAAUCAAAUGCAAACCUUUCUCGCAUCACAAUCAGAAAGUCUGCCAGGAUAACUAAACUGAGUGCUGCAGGAGAGGCAAACAGUUCUAGUGAGGAGACACUCUCGGUGAAUAACGGAUGUACAAGAAGACGUAUGACAAACCGGGACCUCUGUCGCAUUCUUAAACUGACAAUCCCACCCCCAGUAGAAAAAUUGGGGCCAACUUUCACCUCGAGAUUUUGAUUGAUCCAUUUUCAAACUAUCCACGAGUGGUGAUUUUGUAGACAAAGACCAUAUUUU